AGAAAUAAAACACGAAGAACCAGAAACCUGGAGAAUAAAACACGAGGAACAAGGAGAGUUCAUUGAAGAAAAAGAGGAGAAUGAAGAAUCAAGUGAAGUUGAGGAGAGAAAUCAUGUAAAGACUGGAGGAACACCUUUGAGUUGCUCUCAAACCAAACAGAAAGAUUUAAAGAAAAAAAGAGUCAAAGAAUCUUUCACCUACACUCAGUGUGGAAACAGAUUCACACGUAAAACAAGUUUUGAGCAUCACAUGAGAGUUCAUACUGAAGAGAAUUCAUUCACUUGUGGUCAGUGCGGUACGAGUUUCAAACAAUCAGCAAACCUGAAGAUACACAUGAACAUCCACACUAAAGAGAAGCAGCACUCAUGUGAUCAAUGUGGUAAAGUGUUUUUAUGUGCUUCACUUCUGAAGAAACACUUGAAAGUUUGUGCAGAAGAGAAACCAAAUUCAUGUCAUUUGUGUGGUAAGAGUUUUUUGCAUCUACAAAGUUUGAAAGAACAUCAGAAAAUACACACUGCUGUGAGGGAGCACAUGUGCAUUGAGUGUGAAAAGACUUUUAGUUCAGCGAGCAGUUUAAAACAGCAACAGAGGAUUCACACUGGAGAGAAACCUUAUAAGUGUUCACACUGUGACAAGAGAUUCAGUCAGUCAGUACAUCUAAAAACACAUGAAAGGGUCCACACUGGAGAGAAACCGUAUAAGUGUUCACACUGUGACAAGAGAUUCAGAGUUUCAUCAAGUCUGAAAACACAUGAGAGGAUUCACACUGGCGAGAAACCGUAUAAGUGUUCACACUGUGACAAGAGAUUCAGUGUUUCAUCAAGUCUGAAAACACAUGAGAGGAUUCACACUGGAGAGAAACCUUAUAAGUGUUCACAUUGUGACAAGAGAUUCAGUCGAUCAGCAAAUCUAAAAACACAUGAAAGUGUCCACACUGGAGAGAAACCUUACAAGUGUUCACACUGUGACAAGAGAUUCAGUGAUUCAUCAAGUCUGAAAACACAUGAGAUGAUCCGCACUGGAGAGAAACCGUAUAAGUGUUCACACUGUGACAAGAGAUUCAGUGUUUCAUCAAGUCUGAAAAAACAUGAGAGGAUUCACACUGGAGAGAAACCUUAUAAGUGUUCACACUGUGACAAGAGAUUCAGUCAGUCAGUACAUCUAAAAACACAUGAAAGGGUCCACACUGGAGAGAAACCUUAUAAGUGUUCACACUGUGACAAGAGAUUCAGUAACUCAUCAAGUCUGAAAACACACGAGAGGAUUCACACUGGAGAGAAACCGUAUAAGUGUUCACACUGUGACAAGAGAUUCAGUGGUUUAUCAAGUCUGAAAACACAUGAGAGGAUUCACACUGGAGUGAAACGUUUUAAGUGUUCACACUGUGACAAGAGAUUCAGUCAGUCAGUACAUCUAAAAACACAUGAAAGGGUCCACACUGGAGAGAAACCGUAUAAGUGUUCACACUGUGACAAGAGAUUCAGUGGUUUAUCAAGUCUGAAAACACAUGAGAGGAUUCACACUGGAGAGAAACCUUUUAAGUGUUCACACUGUGUCAAGAGAUUCAGUGGUUUAUCAAGUCUGAAAACACAUGAGAGAAUCCACACUGGAGAGAAACCGUAUAAGUGUUCACACUGUGACAAGAGAUUCGGUCAGUCAAUACAUCUGAAAACACAUGUGAGGAUUCACACUGGAGAGAAACUGUAUCACUAAAAACAAAAUCUGAAAAUGACACCUUUGCGUUUUCGUGUGUACAGCCAAUCUGUAUAUUUUUUGAAACAAUGUCAUCACCCCACGUCUCGACCCUACUCAGACAGUGCUAGAUCAUGUAACAUCAACAACAAUAAUGGAGGUCUACAUGUUUGUGUUCCUUCUGCAGAAGCUACUGUGCCUAUUAGCUUUAUUAAACUUAUUAGCAGAGCUGCACGAUAUUGGAAAAAAAAAACUCCACCAGAUGACUUGAACAGCUCUAUUUGGAGAAAAAAUUAAUCAUUGAUUGGUUGGCGACUUUAGGCCCUUUCACACUGUGAUUCUGGAAAAUACAUGGAUAAUGUGUCCCGGCAAUUGUUCUUGGGUCACUAGAUUUUGCACUUUCACACUGCCAGUGAUUACCAAGAAUAUGUGCGUGCGUUCACACACAACCCGUAAAGGCCCCGUAAAGAGACGUGACAUCAGGGUGUGACGUGUAAUGUACGAGUCAAAAAUGCUAGGCACGUUAACUUUCACUUAAGCUAGUGAACGAUCUCAGCCUCAGCGUGGAAAGUAAAGAACUAACUGGUCUCUGCAUCAUUACAGCUUGCACAUAUUUUUUCGUCGUGAACGUUGAUCUUCCUUUAAAACACCUGGUAAAAGAGUUGCUUGAUAAUGUACGUCAUCACUACGACACACCUUUACGACAUUAGUUCUGGCUUUUGUUCACAUAGAGCUCAUUCCGGGACUGAAGCCGGCAAUGUUACUAGGUCCCCGACCCGGGAUCAGCCCUGGAAUCAAUGUAUGAAAUACUGUUAUAAUCUAUAUGAAAUACUGUUAUAAUGAUUAUAGGCUAUUAUAAAUAUUAUACAUCGCCAAUGCAAUAUGCAAGGCAUAUACACAUGACACACGCAUUAUCAUACAGGUGGCAGUUGACCAUGCAGAGCAUCAGGGAGAAAUUGGAGUGUGGGGAGUUAUUAAAAGUUCCCAAUGCUUUGGCAAAAGCUGCAUUUUGACAGUUUUGAUUUGAUUACCACGACAAACAAUGAACCAAUUGGUCAUAUGCAGUGUUCACCAUCUCCUUAGACACGCCUUUAAGAAAUACAUCUAUACGGAUUAUUAUAAUAGUUUUUGUUUUCUAUAUGCUUUAUUUCUUUAAGUAUUAAUUUGACGUUUUCUAUAGAUAUAUUUAGCAUGGCUAAGUCAUGUAUUCGCAGAGUUUCCGUUAAUUUUUGUGAAGUAUCAAAAAAGUGCAUCAUGUUUGUUUUCUUUAUUUUAUAAAAGCACAAUGUUUUGUUUGACAAUGUGAGUGAACAAAAAUAAAAGUAGACACUUUACAGUUACAAAUGAUGAAUUACCCAGUGAGCAAAAAUGACGGUGUAUCCAUGGAAAACAUGCAAGUGAUCAUUUAUCAUUGUUAUAUGGUUGAACUGUUUAAGUAUAAAUAUAGACUUUAUUUUAGGCAAGUUAUAAUGAUUUGAUAAGGCUAAAUUGAUCAAACAUAUAUGAUCAGCUUACUAUCUCCCACCGGCUGCAUUGUCGUUACUUUAAAACAUAAAAACGUAUAUUUAACGCACCAAAAAUGCUCCAAAUGUUUUUAGAAAUUAACAUAAUAAAAAAUGAAACUAAAUAUAAUCACUUUGCCAUUACAUACAAAACUGAAUAAUAUUUGAUAGCUGAAACAAAUAGUAGGCUAUAAGCUUUUUUGGGAGAAGGGGGAGCCACUACCUCGCCCUCCAGUGCUGUAGCCACUACCUCGUCCUUCAGUACUGUUGACACUACCUCAAUUUGCUGUAAAAUUUUGAAAUAAAAAACAUUUUUAUAUCCUGAUAUUAGCCCUCUGGCUUGAAUGCUUUGUUUGAAGGGGCGUGUCUGCUGUGAGACUGAGUAAACCACAACUGUUGUGAUU